AUGCCGCUGGCGAGCGCGCCUAACGGAGCGGCGUGGUGUGCUGUUGCAGAGAGCGAGGGGCAGCCGCGCCGGCCGGCCGCCUGCCCUAUGAGCCUGGUGGCCGCGACGUGGGCCAGCGGCUGCAGCAGCGCGCUCCUUGGCGUCGGCGUCGGCGUGGGGCUCCUGCAGCACGGGCCCGCCGCACAUGCCAUGCGCGAGAAGGACUCGUCGCCGCGCAAGAUGCUGCUCGCGUCGGGCGGGCACAGCUCGCCCAAGCAGGCGGCCGUCUACCCGCUUUCGGUGCGCGUGCCCGAGGAGGGCCGCCAGGCUGCCGCGGCCGCGGGCCCGCCCGACCACCACGACCUGCCCUUCGACCUGUCGCGCCACAACGCGGGCGCGGGGGCGGCGGCCGUGGGCGCCGGCGCUGCGGGGGCGGGCGCGGGCGCCCAGCAGGUGGCGGGCGCGCCGCACAUGUCGCCCGCGGGCCACCCGCCGCCGCAGCACGACGACCAGCCGCUCGACCUGCGCCUCGACCACAAGAAGGGCGCCAUCGCCGCGGGGCGCCGCCACCAGGUCGAGGACGAGAACCGCAACGUCAUCGUGGGCUCCCCGUCGCCGUCGCCACCCGCCGGACGCGCCUCUUCCGCCUCGUCCGGAGGCAGCGGUGACGAGAACAGAGAACAGAGACAGUCCAGUCCUUCUGCAUCCUCCGUGGCGAACAGCCUCAAAUCCCCCGUGGGCUCUCCCGGCAUAGGCCACUAUCCUGUCUUCCUCUCGCACCAGCCCAUUCACCCUCUAAUGCUGGAGGCGAUGUGCCGCGCCAACAAGGAAGGAGCCGGGGCACGGUUACCUCUCGCCUAUCCAGUGAGCCCCCCUGGCUAUCACUCCCAACGAACUCCCUACGCUUUCCUGAGUCCCAAUUCACUGCUCAACGGCCACUCUUCGCCCACCGGUGUCUCGCCAGCGGCCGGAUUCGAAAUGCUGCGCCACCCACUGGCUCAGCAGCAGCAACAGCAACAGCAACAACAACAGCAAACCCAACAGCAACAACACGCCCUAACCACCAAGCAGGUAACUGUGCCCGCGUCGCCAGUAGGGAACUUCGCCGAAGCUGCCACUGGCGUCCAGACCAACGGAGGAAGUGGCGUCGCAGCAUCAGCGGGCGGAAAAAUUAAAGACCGCUACGCUUGCAAGUUCUGCGGCAAGGUGUUCCCUCGAUCUGCCAAUCUGACACGCCACCUACGCACUCAUACGGGAGAACAGCCGUACAAGUGCAAGUACUGCGAGCGCUCGUUCAGCAUCUCGUCCAACCUGCAGCGGCACGUGCGCAACAUCCACAACAAGGAGAAGCCGUUCAAGUGCCCGCUCUGUGACCGCUGCUUCGGCCAGCAGACGAACCUAGACCGCCAUCUGAAGAAGCACGAGGCGGACGGACCCACGAUCUUGGACGACCCGCGGCGCAGUCCGUCGGCACUGCUGGCGCACCAUCACCAGCGACAGCAGCUGCAGCUCCAGCAGCAGCAGCAACAGCAGCAGCAGCAGCAGCAGCACGCGCGCGUGUUGGGCCCUCUGGCGGAAGACGCUUGCUUCGAGGAGAUCCGCUCGUUCAUGGGCAAGGUGACGGCGGACGGCCGGCUGGUGGCACCGCCCGCGCUGGCCGCCGCGCAGCUGCGACACGCCGCCGCCGCCGCUGCCGCCGCGGCUGCAGCUGCGGGGGCGUCGGGCGGCGCUCACUUCUCGCCACUGGCGCCUUUGCACCGCCUGCACGCCGACCAGCUGGGCCGACGCUGCAUCACGCCGCCGCCCUUCGACGCGUCGGCUGCCGCGCGCUGCGCCAACACCGAUGCGGCCAAGCUGGGCCGUUCCUUCUCCAGUAGUGACAAGGACAAUAUGUCUUCCAGAUCGUCGUCGUCCUCGCUGGCCGGCUCAUCACUGUCUCCUCCACGAGUCUCUUCGCCCAAGGACGAUGUCCCUCACAAGUCCCCCGCCAACGACACGACUACCUCUGCACAGGAGGACCGUCCGUCCUCUAACCCACCGUCCAACAACGGCAGCAGUCAUGCUGAAAACAUCACAGAACCGUCGCCACCACCAGCUUCGCCCAACAACAAUACGUGA